AAGCAGGCCCCUUCUGCAGCUGAGCGAUCAGAUUCCAGUUCAAAGUCGUCUUCAUCAUCGUCAUCCUCAGAGUCUUCCUCUUCUGAUAGCGAAGAAGAAGCUGCAAAGAACAGGAGGAGGAAGCGCAAGCGGAAAGCCAAAGUAAAGCACUCGAAGAAACGACGCAAGGAGAAUCGACAAGAGGUCAAGGAGGACCAUCCCCAGAGUCAGCACAGCACUCAUUCUGAGAAGAGCAACACUGUGGAGGAUAAAGAGGCCGGGGCAAAGAGGGAAAAACUUGUUGUGCGUCCAGAAGAAAUUCCUCCCGUACCUGAAAAUCGGUUUCUGUUGAGGAGAGAUGCACCCAUCGCCAAAGCGGAUCCUGAACCGAAGCCGUCUACUGCACUGCCUGACAAAAGCUCUGUCACCAAAUCGGGAAGGAAAAUCAGAGGCCGAGGCACCAUACGAUACCACACACCCCCAAGGUCUAGAUCUCGAUCAGAAUCGGAUGAUGGCGAAAGCAGUGAGACACCUCCACAUUGGAAGGAGGAAAUGCAGAGAUUGAAGACCUAUAAACCCCCCUCUGGAGAAAAAUGGAGCAAGGGCGACAAGCUUAAUGAUCGUAUGUCGAGUCGCUGGGAUGAG